AUGUGGAAAUGUGUAAUAUUCAUCAGUUAUACUCUUUCUAUUCUGAAGGCAACAAAUAUACAAGUUGGAAGGCACUUGUCCCCAUCAAGAUGGUCUUACUACAGUGUUGAUUUGGCUUCUGAUGUUUCUUCGGUGGAAAUGAAAGAGAAUGUUGUUCCUUCAUUGUCGAGCGAUGCAUCGGAUGACUAUUCCACCCCCAGCACUGUAUCAUCAUCAUCAUCAUCAUCCAUAAAGGCGACCACAACUUCAUCUAAUAAAACAUUGUGUAAACCACGUGCAAUGCCCACCACAAGAGCAGCAAAGAUAAAUUCGACUGCAACGAAAAGUUCACUCAAUGAAUCAGACUUUAUCGAUACCGUUACACUUCAACAAGUGAACAACAACAACAAAAACAGCAAACAACAACCGAUGGAACAUCCCCCAGCUAAGCCGAAACGUACUUUCGCUCAUGAUCGCGAAUUGCUAAGACAAGCCAACGUUUAUGAUGCUGGUAGCUCAGGCUCAUAUGUCGGCUUGAGUUCAGACACAGGCUCAGGCUCUAGUCCAUUACUCGGCCACUAUGGCUUUGUAGAUGGUGAUAUGACGUCCAGCAUUAAUCGCGGGAGCAGUGCUAGUUUUGAUGACGGCUUUUCUUCAUCAUCAGACUCAUCAUUAUCAUUACCAUUGUCAUCAUGCUCACAUAAGAAGCAACUGUGUCAGCAGCAGCAGCAGCAGCAGCAGCAGCAGCAGCAGCAGCAGCAGCAUCACUCUCAUACAGUUUGUUCAUCGUCUAGAAGCGAUACGGCCACCACUAGUACCACAUCUGGAUAUGUUUCUGCGGUCACUGCUGAUGCCCCAGCAACCAACAAAUUGACGAGGUGCACUGCUUCUACAUCAUUAACAACAACGAACAACGACAAGCUGCUGUCAACAAAUCAUCUGUCAGAACCACCUCAAACUUUUCGACAUAUUACGAAUAGUAGCCAACGACGAGAGCGAUUCGGUGCGUCAUUUGUUGGUUCCAGUAGAUGGCGGCCGUCAAUAAGACCACCGUUACCACCGAAACCUUUCAAGAGUCUCUCGAAUAUUGAUUCAUAUGAAGCGGUGAAGCGAAGGGAACGCUUAUUGCCUACACGAAGUGAUAAUAACGAUCUUAGUGCUUCUUUGAAUUCUGAACACCAAGAGCGGUCACGACUUUCUGACUGUGGUAAAUUGGUCAGAUUUUGUUCGGACGAAACUCUUUACGCACAGCCAAGCGUUACUUCACCACACAGCAAUUGUUGCAUUCUUCAUCAAGCGCAACACUCUCCUUCUGCUAAUCAUAUUACUCAACAAAUGGUACUAUCAAAGAUACCGUUAAAAUGUGGUCAAAAAUUUGUCGAAGCUGCUACGAAGAUUGUUCGAAGCACAGCACCAAAUCAACAACAACACCAACCGAACGCUAGUAUUGAUGCUGUUCGACCAGAGUCUGAAUGCGAAGAAAACGGUAAAACUACAAGGAACAGUAGAAAUAGUGCCGUACAUAUAAAACUUCAUCGAAGAGGCAAUAAACGUGGCGGUGCGAUUACCGCUAGAUGCCGUCCUACUUCAUCAACAAUAACAACAACAGCAGUAACAGCGCAAUCAAACACCCUCACUCCGUCAUCAUCGUGCCCGUUCUCUCCAGCACCUUCAGAGCUGAAACCAUCAACGACGAAUACAUCUAUAACGGAUGUUGAUGAUUCUAAUUGUCAUUUGAAUAGGAUAGAAGAACAAGAGCAGAAAAGUGCUCAUGUUCAAGUGAGCGAUCGUCCAAGUUCAAGCCGAUCCAAGAGCACUAGUCAAAACAAGAACCCAGUGCAGAGCAAAGGCUCAAUUGGAAACAACGAAAAUGCCGAAUGCAAGUUACGAAGACGUGUAACAAAAGCGAAACUAGUGCAUCGUCGAACACUAGCACAUUAUGAUGAGCAAGUGAAUGCAUUCCGUAGACUGAUGACACCAAAACUUUUCGACACGGCUCUUGUUGUGAGUCUCGUUGAAAGAAAUGAAUCGAACGAACUACCGUAUAAAAGUGUAAAAAGUGCUUACGUACCUGUUGUCUCAUAUCGAUAUCCGGAGCUAGAAGAGGACAGUGGUGAUGAUAAGCGUAGUACUCAACGGCAACGUUCAACUGUCGAAUGUGCUGAUCUAUUCAUUCCCGAUUUUACGAGGGCUCAUCCCUAUCAUUCCACAAAAGAGUGGACUGGGAACGAGGAAUUCAUGCUCACACUAACCGAUGAACAUGGAAAAAGGACAUUUGCAUAUUGCAUCAAAUACUUACCGCGAGAGCGAGUGUUCGACACUGAAACAGGCCCCACUCCUGGAAGGGCUGAUUGCUCGUCAGUUGUUAAGAGAAUGGGUGCUGAGGUUACAGUAAGCGUUUUGGCUGCUUUAUUGGCCGAACAAAAAGUGUUGAUCGGUGGAGAUUCGGUGCAGUCCGUAUGUCAUGCGGUACAAUCGCUCGUCUCGUUACUUCAACCAUUCUCGUGGCCAUACACGCUCGUACCUGUUCUGCCAGAUACGCUUCUUGAAUUAGCCAAUUCACCAACACCUUAUUUACUUGGAGUUUUAAGAAAUAAUCUUUACAAGUUAAGAGAUUUAUUAGUUGGUGGUUAUCAUAAUAGUAAUUCUUAUGAUAAUAAUGAUGCAGAUGAUGAUCUCAUGCAGGAUGAUGUGAUAAUUGUUGAUCUUGAUGGAGGCAUAUUUGUACCUCAACCAUCUGAGCAGUAUAACGCUGCACAAAGUUUGGAUUAUAAAGAGAAGAGUGCAUUGGCGUUAUGCGAAAAAUUAUUACUGCCGAAGAAAUUAGCAAUGAAUUUGAUCGUUUCGUUCAGAGAGGCACUCGCAAAUGGACCUGGUCCUGUAGCUGAUGAUCUUAUUCAAAAGGCAAUGUUAACAUGGUUGGCCUCAUUGGUUGGACAUUACAAAUGGUGUGGUUUACUGAGGUCAUAUACGGCGGAUUGUGAUGGUGAUCCAGAGCCAUUACGUCUCUCUUUAACACAACUCGUCAACGCUCAUGAAUCCACUUCUGCACGUCGUUUCACUGAGUGGUUCGUUGAAACGGGUCUGUUUCGCGAUUGGGUUCGUAGACGUGUAUGUAGCACACCUGAGAUACGUAAUCGAAUUUGGAUCGCCGGUGAAGAUGCAGCCAAUCAACGUCUCGAUGAGCUUGCUGUAACGUUUGCACCUCAAUUAAGCAACACCUCAUCAUUCAAUAAUCGUUUCUCACACAUUCUAUCACGAGCACAUCGUGCUUUGUUCCGAUCACAUUUACAUAAAAAAUAUUGA